GAAGGAUUUCUGCUAUUUUUAGAAUACCAAUAACCAGAUAAUCAGUUUUGUUUCUUCACCGUGUCUCUACAUUGUCUAUUUUCUCUUACCAUAUCAGGUUUCCUGACAUUUGAGCCAGCCAUGGAUCUGAAGCAAAUUAAGGAUUACAUUUACUGGCUGUAUUUUCAGUACCUCCUGGUCACCUGCAGUUACGUCCUGGAGCCUUGGGAACAGUCCAUGUUCCAUACCAUCACAAUUACUGUUGUUGCUAUGGUGGUGUACACCGCCUAUGUUUUCAUCCCCAUCCAUGUCCGCCUGGCUUUUGAUUUUUUCUCCCAAGUGUUUGGAAGCCAAACUGAAAAUACACUUUGACCCUCAGCACUGACUCAAGGAUUUGCCCUCUCUGGAAAUACUCUCCCUCCACACUCUUUUACUCAGCUCCGCCUGCAUUUAUUUUGGAUGUGGUUCUGGACCUAUUGCUUCAAAUGCAUAUCUCCCCUUUCUCUUGAAUAAAAGCCAUGCUGUUACUGUCCCUGACAACUGUCAGGCUGAUCCUCACUGAAAUGCAAGCUGACACAA